AUGUCGAAAUUUUUAUUAAAUCUGGAAGAUCCUGGAAAUCCUUUACUUGGUCCGACUUUAUGGGGUUUGCAAAGAUGGGGGAUGUGGCAACCUAAACAAGGAAUAAAUCGUAUAAUUUAUAACAUUGUUCAUCUCAUAGCUAUACUCUUUGUUCUGAGUCAGUAUGUAGAACUUUGGUUUAUCAGAUCCAAUAUGGAUAUGGCCAUGAGAAACCUUUCUGUGACAAUGUUGAGUACUGUAUGCGUUAUAAAAGCUGGAACUUUCAUCAUGUGGCAAGAGUAUUGGAGAAGUUUAGUAUUUUAUGUAUCUUCUACAGAAAAACGCCAACUGAGAGCCAGAGAGCUUAAGGCUAAUAAGAUAAUCCAGGGGUAUACUAAGUAUUCUAGAAAAGUGACCUAUUUUUACUGGGGCUUAGUCGCAGCUACGGUCCUAACAGUUAUUUUAGCACCAUACGGUGGAUAUUUAUCUACUAGUCAGAGUCGUAAACUGUUAAUUAACGCAACCGUUUUGUAUCCUGAAAUUUUGAGUUCUUGGGCGCCUUUUGACAAAACCCAAGGUGCUGGUUAUUGGACAAUGGCGCUCGUUCAAUCUUCGAUAUGCUUCUACGGAGGUGGUAUUGUCGCUAAUUAUGAUUCUAAUGCAGUUGUGCUGAUGACGUUUUUUGCCGGACAAUUAGAUCUAUUGAAACUAAAGUGCUCUAGCUUAUUUGGAGAUGGUAAUGAGGAUAUAAGUUAUCGCGUGGCUGUAAAGAGGAUUAGAGAUUGUCAUCAACAUCAUGUUUUACUUGUCAAAUAUUCUAAAAUUUUAAAUUUCCUGUUGUCUCCGGUAUUGUUUUUGUACGUUAUCAUUUGCUCGCUUAUGAUAUGCGCCAGCGCAGUUCAGUUAACAACGGAAGGCAUAACCACCAUGCAGCAAGUUUGGAUAGCAGAAUACCUGGUGGCACUCGUAGCUCAACUGUUUCUGUAUUGCUGGCACAGCAAUGAAGUCUUAUAUAAGAGCCUAGGUGUGGACGAAGGGGUGUACUCCAGCGCAUGGUGGUCGCAAGGGUUGCGCGUGCGCCGCUGUGUUGCGUUGCUCGGCGGACAGCUAAGCAGGAGAAUUGUGUUCACGGCUGGGCCCUUUACUAUGCUCACUGUUGCUACCUUUAUUGCUAUACUAAAAGGAUCUUAUAGUUACUACACAUUGCUGAAUAACAGGGAGGAAUAA